AUGAUAUUUAGGCACCAAACAAUCCCUGAACCGGCAGAAUCGUUAAUAUUUGAUGCACAUAAGCUAAAAUUAAACACACAUUUUACCUUAGUAACCAGAAGCUCACAAGCUCAAAGAAUCUUACUCAAUUUAGACUUAGUAGAUUAUAUAGUGAGUUUAUUCAAGGAGAAUGAACCAGUUAGUUACAAAAUACAUGAACCAAAAGUAUUAAAAAAAUUCCAACUAUACUGUCUGUCGAAGUUAUCUGCGGAGACGCUUUCGGAGCUCCAAAACGGCUCGAGAAAUCAUGAAAGGCUGGCCGACUCGAUCAUGGAGCAGCUGGAAGUCAGCGCAAAAUACCGGCACUUGGUCCUGGACGCUGUUGCCCAAAUGUGUAAAUUCUAUUCAGACCUAAAACUAUAUGAAGAAAAGUGUAACAUACCCCUAUCAGAGAAUAUACUACAACACCAAAAGCUUUUCCUGAGCACCUGGAGCAGCUUGACUGAAAAGAGGCCGCCUGAGUCUCUCAGAGCCUGCAGGCACGACGACGAGGACACUUGGGGCUACCUGGGCUUCCAGACGCCCCUGAGCGACUUCAGAAGGACGGGCCUUUUGGGGCUAAUGAGUCUCGAGCACAUGGUCGCCAGCUACCCGGAGUUGUCGAGGAGGACGUUGGCAACCUCAAGUGAAAGCGAGACUUGGCUCCCGUUCGCCCUCGUGAGCAUAAACGUGACGUCCUGGGUGAUGGACUUCUACAACGAGAAUGAGCUGAACGCGUUCAGCUACAACAACGACUACGACCCACUGGAGACGUUCUACUUGCUCCACGCGAGCUUCUUCUUCAAUUUCAUAAACUUCUACAUGGCCAAGGGCCCGGUGUCAGUGCUAGAGUUUAACAGGGUUGCCGCCGAGUACAAAGGCGAAUUAUUAAACAAAUUGAAGCAACUAUACGAAAUUAAGGAUAAAGUAGACUCGGCGUAUGGAACUAACCUGGUGAAUUAUUUACAAAGCGAGCUCGAAACGUUUAAUCUCUCCACAAAUUACUAUACACACUACGAGAUAAAAAUAAACAUGGGCCGAUGGAAGACAUGGAGUAAAAUGUAUACUGGCUAA